AUGGCAUCACACAUCACAAAACUCUGUGCCUCUUCAUUUUACUAUAUUUAUAAUAUACGUCGGAUCAGAAAUUAUCUUUCACGGCAGUCAACUGAGUUACUUGUCCAUGCAUUCAUAACAAGUCGCCUUGACUAUUGCAAUGGUCUUUUAUAUGGACUACCAGACUGCCUGUUGAAUAAACUGCAACGAGUACAGAACGCUUACGCCAGACUGAUUUUUAGAGAACAGAAAUUUUGUCAUGUAACGCCUCUUAUUUAUGAAUUACACUGGUUACCGCUUAAAUAUAGAAUCGAGUUUAAAAUACUUUUAAUUACUUCUAAGAUUCUUAAUUUUUUAGCGCCUACUUAUUUCUCGUCUCGUUUCUCUUAG